GUGUUUCCGUUCCGAUUCAGCUGCGGCACCGUCGAGUAAUCGCAUUCUGUACUCGUGCAUUUUCACGAAAUUAAAAACCUGUUUAAUUCCAAUCAUGCCUAACCCUAAAGUUUACUUCGACAUCAGUAUCGGCGAUGCCCCCGCCGGUAGGAUUUUAAUGGAGCUUUACGCUGACGUGGUUCCCAAGACCGCAGAGAACUUCCGUGCGCUGUGCACUGGGGAGAAGGGCUUCGGCUACAAGGGCUCCAGCUUUCAUCGCAUCAUCCCCGGGUUCAUGUGCCAGGGUGGUGACUUUACCAACCACAAUGGAACUGGGGGUAAGUCCAUCUACGGCAACAAGUUUGAAGAUGAGAACUUCACCUUAAAGCAUACAGGCAUGGGCUGUCUGUCCAUGGCCAACGCUGGGCCCAACACCAAUGGAUCCCAGUUCUUCAUCUGCACUGCGAACACUGACUGGCUGAACGGCAAGCACGUUGUGUUCGGCAAGGUCGUGGAAGGGAUCGAAGUCGUCAGUAACAUGGAGAGAAAAGGCUCCUCCAGCGGCAAGUGCAGUGCCAAGGUUGUCAUCGCUGACUGUGGCCAGCUCUGAGCACCCCGUCCACCCCCUGCAAACCCUCCCUACAUCACCCCUCAUCCGUCUCCCCCUAUCCCUCCCAUGGUGUCAAACAUUCCCAUGUCAGAUUUAUUUUACAUUCCUCUCCCUUAAUGAACGGUUUGUCCUUCAUCUAAACUUGUUUCAUUUGUGGCUUUUUUUUUUUUGUUGGCAUUUUUGGAUUGUCCCAUCAGGACCACAUUUGUUUAACAAAAUCUAAAUAAAGUGGUUAAAGACUCCU